CGCGGAAAGCCUUCCUCGCGUCUAUAUCGCGGCGGUAGCUGCGAGUCGCGAGAGCUCGACCGGCAGCUCGUACACGACCCCGACCGCCUUCUAUUUCAGCGUACUUUCAGUUCCGUUUGGAUACCCGAUCACAGAACGAGGCGGUUUUCUGCCCCUCUUCUCCGUCUUUGUCUAUUACCCUCUCGCUCGCUUUUUCGCUCGCCCACUCUUACACUUCUCACCCUCUCUUCUCUCUCUCUCUCUCUCUCUCUCUCUCUCCCUCACCCUAGCUAUCUAGCUGUUGCCCCCUUGGCUCUAUCCGCGCACACGCCUCGCUUCUGCCGUCCGCUUCACCUUUUUCUCCACCGCUGUCUCAGUGUACCGCGAGUCGCCUACGUCUGCUUGUACACCUCGUAUCGUCCGCGUGUGAUAGUGCGUCAACGAUAUCGUAGCUCUGUUCGCUCGAACCCGUCGUCCGAUCACCCGGUCACAUCGGCUUCGCUUCGCCAGCGUAGCGGCCGGUGCGUACGAUGACCGAUCCACCUACCUCGUCGUAUCUUUCGAGGACGCGUUUGAGGAGCAAGUGAUCGCGAGCCUCGACGAACGCGUCCUACUCGUGCAGCGUCCAGCGACAACGGGGUAAGCUACGCGAGCACUAGCGUCAUCGUCUUCGGAGAACUAUCGACGGUAACGAUGACGAGGCGUCGUGAACGCGAACCACCGGUAUCGUCCUAACCGAAUCUCGAGCCGAAGAUUUCGUACGCGAAUCUCGAGACGGACUGGCCAGCGAUAAAGCAGCAUGGUUUUGCACAAGGACGAGCGAGUCAGCGGACGUGUAACGAACGAGAAAGGGAAGAGGAAGCGUGCCGAGAGGAUUUGAUGUAAGAGAAGCAAGCCUGCAGAAGUGGGAGCAGCACGCUUGGCCAAGUUGCCUGGAUACGGCUAGCAGCACCGUGUUGCGCUCCGCUGAAGUAGGAGGAAGCGAAGGAGGUGGAAGGUGGUGCUAAUACACGAAAGGAUGGAGGGUGCAGUGGACAGUAGUGGGACGAAGAAGACGAUGCACGAGGCCGACCAGGCUACGAACGCAGGCUCGUGCCGCGUCCAACAAUCGCGAUAACAUAGCUGCCUUCUUUCGAUACGAUUGCCUAUGAUAAUCGUGCCAGAAGCGUAACACGCCGCGUCCAACUCUUCGUACUCCGAUCUCCGCAACUGCUACCCCCUUGAAAACUCAUCGACACCUUCGCCGCAGAUCAUCGUUCACCGAUACCUUCGAUUCGAACUGUACGAUCUCUCGCUUCUCUCACGAUUCUUCCUCGAUUCUUGCACGAAGGUGCUCGCGCGAAUUCCUAAUGAGAAAUUUCGAUAAGCUCGCGGACCAGAAAGUACCAGUGUCAAGAAGAAACGAAAAGUGUGUUCGCAGUAUUUCGUUCCUCCGAUCGUACUUCCAUAAGGGAUGAGUGUAUUCGUGUCAGUGAAUACCGUAUUCGUAGUUGGAUAACGAAAGAGAAAGAAAACGUAUUAGGUCGAAUACACGCGUAUCUGUGAUCGAUACGAACACCUGUGAAACGAGCGCGUCCGAAAGACAUAUGGAAUUUUCUUUACGUACGCGUAUCCGGAUACAACGGUCCUCUUUUCGCAAACGACGCGUCCGCUCGACGUGUGCUUGAUGCGCGAAGCUAGAACGUUGCCGCGUAACCGAUAAAUUGAUAAACGAUACCGAGACGACAGACGCCGAACGCAAUCGUAGGUGCUUAAAGCGAGCAUGCUCGGCGCGUGGAGAGGUUCGACGCGGAUGUAAAACCGUGGUGUCGAUAGGCAGCAGCGGCAGUAGCGACCAACAAAAAGUUUGAGCGAGUACGCGUGUGGCGGGUGGUUGUACAAAGGAAAAGUGUCGGGGACAACGAUUGGUUAUGACGGCAAAGUCAGGCGGCAUCGUUUCGGGUGCAUCGUUGUGACGAUUAACGUACGACUCGCGGUUCGAUCGUUCGCCUGUCGACAGGAUGAUCAGAAUCAGGAAGACAGUUCGCGACGAAGAGUUCCCGGGCGACGUUCGAGACGGUGAUCGCAGUUCGUAAAAGUGACACGAAAAAUAUUAUAGUGUAGUGCGCGCACCAGUGGAGAACGGACGGACGACGGAACAGCGGCUGAAGAACGAAAGGAAGGGAGCGUUCGUCGGAUUCCGGGUGGCCGACUCUUGCGAAUAGGAAAUGUCGAGCUGGCCGAGUCUGCAAAAUUCAUUCGCCAUGGCGAACCAGACGAGAGGUCUGCCACAGAUGCGAAUAAAGCUUUGUACGGUCAGCGCCGGUCUCCAAAUAGUCUCAGUCCUCUUGCUCACCGUCCUACCUCAAGAGAGCCUGUGCGGACGUCACGAGAAACGUCUGUUGAACGAGCUGCUGUCAUCAUACAACACACUGGAGCGGCCCGUUGCCAAUGAGAGCGAGCCUCUCGAAGUGAGAUUUGGCAUCACGCUGCAGCAGAUCAUAGACGUGGAUGAGAAGAAUCAAAUAUUGACGACGAACGCGUGGCUGAAAUUGGAAUGGAUGGACUACAACCUUCAAUGGAACGAGUCCGAGUACGGUGGCGUGAAGGACCUUCGAAUUACACCGAACAAGCUUUGGAAGCCAGACAUUCUCAUGUACAACAGUGCGGAUGAGGGUUUCGACGGGACGUACCAAACAAACGUGGUGGUCACGCAUAACGGCAGUUGCCUGUACGUUCCUCCGGGCAUCUUCAAGAGCACUUGCAAGAUAGACAUCACUUGGUUCCCCUUUGACGACCAACACUGUGACAUGAAGUUCGGAUCCUGGACCUACGACGGCAACCAGGUCGACCUCGUGCUCAGCUCGGAGAAGGGCGGCGACCUGUCCGACUUUAUCACGAACGGAGAAUGGUACCUGAUCGGAAUGCCGGGCAAGAAGAACACGAUAACGUACCAAUGCUGUCCGGAACCUUACGUCGACGUCACCUUCACCAUACAGAUCCGCAGAAGGACUCUGUACUAUUUUUUCAACCUGAUCGUGCCGUGCGUGCUGAUAUCGAGCAUGGCCCUCUUGGGCUUCACCCUGCCGCCAGAUUCCGGGGAGAAACUCACCUUAGGAGUGACCAUUCUGCUGUCGCUGACAGUUUUCCUGAACCUCGUGGCAGAAAGCAUGCCGACGACCUCGGACGCUGUCCCUCUAAUAGGAGUGACCAUCUUGUUAUCGCUGACGGUGUUCCUGAAUCUCGUCGCCGAGACCCUGCCCCAGGUCUCCGACGCUAUACCACUGUUAGGGUCGUACUUCAAUUGCAUCAUGUUCAUGGUGGCGAGCAGCGUCGUUCUGACGGUGUUAGUACUAAAUUUUCAUCACAGGACGCCAGACAGAUACGUGAUGCCUCAGUGGAUUAAAACGUUGUUUUUACAAUGGUUGCCGUGCUUGCUGCGCAUGAGUCGACCAGGGAAGAAGAUCACAAAGAAGAACAUUCUGGGAGGAAACCGAAGAGGGAAGAGUAUAGAACUGAAGGAGAAGAGUAGCAAGAGUUUACUGGCGAAUGUUUUAGACAUCGACGAUGACAUCCGUCACAAGAAUAGCGCGGCAAAUCCUCCUUCCGGCUACAUAAGGUCGGCGUUCGGUACACCGAUAUCUACUGGAAGGCCUGCAACGGUCGAAGAUACGUCGGCGUCGUUACCUCUUAGCGGGAUGCAAGAGGAACUGCACACGAUUCUUAAGGAAUUGCGAUUCAUCACGGAUCGGAUGAAAAAGGCGGACGAAGGCGAUGAGAUCAUCAGCGAUUGGAAAUUUGCCGCCAUGGUGGUGGACAGGCUUUGUUUGAUCGUCUUCACGAUGUUCACGGUUUUGGCCACGAUAGUGAUAUUGUGUCGUGCGCCACACAUAAUCGUCCAAUAAACAGACUGCCCCGGUCGAGUCACCGAAAAAAUGCACAAAAAAUGCCAAAGAAACGACGACACGUGGGUUUGAAGGAGGCUGCCAGGAUGAAGCGACCAAGGGACGAAAGUACGAAAAGGACUCGCUGCUUCGUACUUCCUUUCCUCCCGCUCUCCGUCUCUCUCCGUCUCUGGUCUCUCGUUUUCUACUCUAACGAAGGAAGGAAAGGAAGAAAUGGCACGCGAGGAAAACGUGCGAGACGGGCUUCCAGGUUGGACGAAAUUCCAAGAAAGAGAAGGAAGAGAGGAGAGCGAGCGAAAAGGAAAGAAAGGAAGAAAGAAGCAAGAAAGGGGAAGAGACCGGAAGAGGAGAAGACCCGCCAGAGAGGUCGUCGUUCCGUUCGGUUCUUGCUGGUCGACCAAAUUUUCGAACGUUUCGAUCGUUUCGAGUCGUCGUUAAACGCGAAAGCGUUCCUCGCAUGGAAGAACCGAACCAAAAGUACGAAAAAACUAGGCAGGAAACGAGUCGAAGGAACAGGCGAUAUAGUAGACGUUUUGCGGACAGAGGAGGGCAAAGAAGGCGCCUCGACACGUUAUACGCUAUUGACAAUACACGGCCAUGUUGUGCGUUCACUUUCUUCGACUAACUUCUUCUCCGUUUAAACCUAAUCGACCGCCGACCGCUGUCGCUUUCUCGCUCUUUCUCUCUCUCUGUCUCUCUGUCUGUCUGUCUCUCUCUCUCUCUCUGUCUAUCUCCGGAUAGGUGAUCGACGCUCGGUGUCGUACGGCGAUCCGUAAUUUUAAUUAUGUAAUAUAUCGAAUCGCUAACGAAAGCGAGCACGUCGAUUCGUUCGAGACUAUUAGGAGAAUUGGGAAAAGCUGUGUGUUGUACACAUUCCUCGAGAGAGUGUUGUCGCGGCCUUUCAGUAACAAUAAUAACAGAUGCGAACGAGAGAAAGAAAAAGGGCAACAAUAAUAGGAAUAAUGAUAAUAACAAUAAUAAUAAUGAUAAUGAUAAUGGUAACGAUAAUAAUAAUCGUAACGAUUAACGAUAAAUAAUAUUAAUAAUAAAUAGCUAAUAAUAACGAUGAUGAUGAUUGAAUAAUACUAAUAAUUAUACUAUUGUUAAUGAUAUAACGUACAUAUGUUAAAUAAAUGAAUAGUAAUAAUAAUGGUAAUAAUAAUAAUAAUAAUAAUAAUAGUAAUAAUAGUAAUAACAAUAAUAAUAGUAAUAAUGAUAAUGAUAAUGAUAAUCGCUUUGUGUGCGGGCGUUACGAUCGAAUCGUCAACACUUAUCGCGCCACUAAGGGUCUCCCGUGGAACUGAUACGGUCUUUAAAUAACUGCCAAAUAAAAACCAAAAAAACUCGAUACAGGGGCGUCCAACCCCUUUACAGGUAGAAACGUAAGUCGUAUUUCGCGUAGGAUUGUAAAUGUUACGAAUUAUAAAUAUGUAUAUGAAGUACACGUGUCGCUACACGCGUUUUAAGAAGACGGAGCUUUCGAAAAGAAAGAUGAAAAUCAGACAGGAUACUACUCGUCGUAUUGCGUUUAAUAGCGAUUCUCGAUAUCGAUGCCGUAAUUCAUUCGAUCAUGUCUUAACGAAAAAAUUUGCCUUCUAAGAUAACUUAAUGGAAGAAUAACGAUGGUCGAACGGAAUAAAAUUCGAUGGAAAUGGCGGAGGAAGCAAAGUAUAGAGGACAAAACUGCCAAGUUGGACAGCCCCUGUUUUCCGUACAGACACGAAUCCGAAUUCUUGAAAGAUCUUCGAUAUGUCCGCGACAAAGGGUUCCGCAUCGAGCUACGACCAACAUCCGACAGAGAUACGUCAUUGAUCGCGUAAUCGAUCUCCCUCGAUUACCCUGCUCUGCUAUCGAUUUGCGUUCUCCGAUCGUACGAAAGUUCUCAAUGACUGUACUCUGGCCACUCGAAAAAACUGUUCCUCGAGAAACGUUCUUCUUCAAAUUGUUUGCUCACGCUCUUCCUACGUUGGCUAAUAUUACUUUCCGCGUUAGCUAACAUUCGCGUCAAAGCUAUUACGAUAGCUUUCGAUUAUAAUCGGAGAAGUUGAUGUUGCGAAUUUCGCCACGACAAUAGCAAAAUACGUUUCCUUCCGAAAGUGAGAACCUUUUCAUUCGUUGUUUCUGUCGUUUACUUUGAACUGUAAGUGAACUGCAAUUUCCUAAAACUAAGGAAAUAUUCGAUCGGUUCUCGCAUUUUGUGUCCCAAGCAAGGAUCGGUAAAGCGUGAUUCCAUCGCUUGUUAAAUUAUAGCUCUUGACUCGUGUUUCCAGGAAUUCGAAAUCUCUAAUUACGUUCUCGAAUUGAACGCGUUACGAAUGUACAAUCCGGGGGAAAAUGGAAAAAAGAGACAGCCGUUAGGUCAAUCGUUAGCGCAACGUGCGACAAAGCAGAAGUUGCGCCAGGUGUCUCUCGCGACCGUGGCUCGGAACAAUGGGUUGUGCGAACAGACAUUCGUCGGUCUGGUGCGUAAUCCUAGCGAAAGCUCGACGAAACGUAGGAAUUCAAUGUCGCGGUGGGUGUACGCGCUUUUCUACGCGCGGAUCCCUCGUUAUUGAAUGGCGGAAACUUCAGUUUAAAAGCAAUGGCUGGAUUUCACGGUGUAUCGUCCAAUACAAAGACCGAAACUCGACCUAUUCGAUUUAUUUAAAAUACGUUGCCUGCUACGAACGGGAUAAGUAUGUUACCGUGGGUGUACUAUCUUAAACCGCGGGAAAAGAGUUACAUCGAAUAACGCCAACUGGAAGACACGUACUCGAAUUCAAGCAUCUUCGCCAAUUUGACGAACGAGACUUAAAAAUUGCCGCAACACCCAACUGAACGUACGAAUAGCACUCGUGCCGUAUUUUUAACACACCGAUAACGCAUAUUGAUACCGGACACGUUAAUCGCUGCAUACUCGAGCGAAUCUUCAAAUUAACAUAAAUUACGCGAUCUUGCGAUAUAUUUCAACUCUUUUACAUAUUAUUGAAACGGAAUUAACGAAGGAAGAUGGACGAUAUAUCUAUAUAUAUAUACAUAUAUCUCGAUGAUAUUUCUACUAUACAAAGUUUCUACAUUUUAGCCACGCAUUCGUGUAUUUAAUAUUUAAUUAAUAUCUAAUAUUUAAUACGUAAUAAAACGUAACACGUUGUAAACGGAUACGUUUAAUUAUUCUGACGAGAUUCGGCGCGUAUCUGCACGGAAUAGGAAUAUCGCGUUGAUCGUGUUAAUCCCUUUUUACUCUGUGGGUAAUUAUAAUUACCCAUCUUAUCGUUAUAAUUCUAAUUACCAAUCUCGUCGUAAGUAAUCUGCACAGGAGAAUUAAAUUAGGACCGUGAAACUGAUAUCGAGAAACAUAUUAGGUUACGACUAAUUUUGUCACUUUUCAAGGAGAAUUCCAAUGUUUUAGGAGGAUAUCGUGUAUAAGAUUGGACAGAUCGAUGGAAAAGGCGAUAAGAAAAGUUUAGGAGGUACGGCAGUUGCGCUCCUCGUAUCGUACAACGAAUGUAAAGUUUAACAAUAUUCGCACGAAACAUACGCAAGAGAUAAAUAAUAAUCGUAAAUACAGAAUCGUUUUGCGCGACUGCGUCGAUUACGUUAACGGGAAAAAAGAGAUCGAUCGGAGGUUGAGAAAUAAAACGACGGAAUGCACAAGUACAGUCAUUGAUCUUCGUAUCGCACAAAGAAACCGCCAAGUCCUUUGCUUAAAAAACUAUCGAAGCCCACUCUAUUUUUCCAGUAGCGAGGCUGUACGGAACGAAAGAGUAUCGAUUAAUCGUUGAAACGACGCGAAGAAAAAGAAAACGUAACAAUACCGAAUAAACUUCGAGGUGUUCCGAUCAAAUACUCAAAUAAUUCUGUACAUAGAAACAUGGUUGCGUGGCGUGGGACUCAAUGCGACGUAAAUAGGCAUCUCGAACAGUGUCGGUAACGGUAAUCGUAAGGAUAAAUAUAAGUAAGAAUUUAAUCUAAAAUUUAAUAUAACGCCAUGUAAUUAAAGAGAGGAAAACUUCCAAGAUGCGAAUACAGCGUCACGUAAAAGUUAUCUCGCGAUAAAUUUAACAAAACGUAUAAAACGCAGAGAGAUACGUUCGAAAAAUCGACUCCUAGUUCGAUCGUUGUAAACGGAAGCGAAAAAAGAGACAGCAAAAGGAAGCUACGUAUCGUCGUACGAGGGAAAGAGCAAAAUUUUCCAAAAUAUCGUCUCGAAUAAUUUCUUUCCGUCGAAGCUGUUCGUAGUCGCCGACAAUCAUUUCACGCGAAGUAAAACGCGAGCGCGAUUUAUUUAUUUUUUUUUUUUUUUUUUUUUCUUUUGGAAAACCAAAAUGUCUAGAAACGUAUGACGAGAGACUGGAAGACAGUUUCGAGAACAACGAAAAUACGUAUCGAACGUUUAACAAAGCGCAAAGACGAAUCGAAUCGAACAGGAGAGGAUUUGAACGACGAUUUUACCGAUUCCGGGGGAAUGCUCCGAUCUACGACCUGGUGUAAUUUUCUAAUUCGCAGUUUCCGUCUGAAAUCGUUUUGAAAUUGGCAACGAUCGCUCGUUCUAUUCCGACGAUUCGUAUCGAGAUCGUCGAUCGGCGCUCGGCAAGUUUGUUUCGAAAGCGAACUCGAUCGGAGCAUCGACGGCACACGGUUGCGAAUAAAAAAAAGGAAACGCUGACCACGUGAAAAUAUUAAGAUGGAGGAAAGAGGAAAAGUAAUCGGCAUCGAGGAAAAACGCGGUGCUGGCAUCGUAAAAUCUAGUGGACAAUUUAUCCUAAUCGUAUUUAACAGAAAGAUUUUAUAUUAACGAAGAACGAACACGGCGUAGAAGAGGCAUUUUUAACACGAAUGCUCGUUAAGUCAGCCUAGCUUAGCUAUCAGCUAAGAAAUUUCCCACGGUACUUAUCAUUUAAGGGAUCGAACACGCGUUACGUUUCGUCUCGAAGGAUAAACGAUCGCGUGUAUCGAGUUGUAAAAAAUGAAAAAAAGGACGAAUGUAAAGUCCGUGUAACGAAUAAGAAUUAAGGAUAUUCGCAUUCGGUGAUCGUUUGAUCGGUAUGCGAAAGCGUUAUCAUUUUUUGCCAGAGAAACGUCAUCGUUAACGUGGUCGUUACAGCUACUACUAUUACCACUAUUAUCGCUACCUUACGAUACUAUUAACGCUACUAACGCUAUGCAACGUUAUUAUUAUUGUUAUUAUUAUUGUUGUUAUUAUUUUAUCAUGUUUCUUCUUAUCGUCAAGAUCAUCGUUAUUGUUAUAUAUCAUCGUCAUCAUCGCCAUCAUCGUUACUACUAUUAGCAACAGCGUUAUCGUAACAAGGAAAGGGAAAGACGAUCGCGCGAAACGAAAGACGACAAACGGCGACAAGCUUUUUCGUUUCGUUUUCCGUCGAUCGAAUCGCGACGAACGAAAAUGCCAAAUUAGUUGCGUAAAUAGUUUAAGCGAGAAAGGACGUUUCGAGGAAUUUGUUAUCGCGUUAAAAAAAAAAAAAAAAGAAUGAAACCGACAUCGUUCGAAACAUUAGGCGUUCAGAGAAGAAAAGAACAGUGUCGCGUGUUUGAAAAAAUGCGCCUUUGCGUUGUAGCGAAUACUUUGCUCUUGCGUUAAAUGUAGGGAAAAAAUGAAAAAAGUAAGUGACAUUCGCGGAUCGAAUAAUAUUAUAGGUAAAUUUUCGGAAAAAUCGCAACUCGAUCUUUGAUUACCGUAGGUGCGUGUACUCGAACGAUUUUUCACGUUUCGCCGAUCGACGUGUCGAAACAUCGCUCGAAGCUUGGCCAACGAUAACUCUCUUCUUCGAGUCGAACGUAGCACAUAUAUAUAUCGUGGCGUGAAAAGAGAGCAAAGUCUCUCCGUCGUAGAAUCUGUACGCUAAAAGAAGCAGAGUAGACGUCCGCGAGGACAACGGGCAACAAAAACGCGCAAUUUUCUCGAGUCUCUUUCCGAUAGGACGGCUAGAUUUCUUGUCUGUGCUUCGAAGAAAAAAAGGGAACGCGAACGAGUAGUCGAUUCGUUUGAUCGAGCAUCGAUCUCGCUGGAGAUCGGAUCGAUCGAAACUUGUAUCGUGUAAAUAACUUCUGUGAUAAGAAUUGAUUAUUAAAUCGUAGCCGAACGCGAAACCCCUUGAGAUGAACGUCGCGUUGGUAGCUGCGCCAUCCGAUAUCCGAUCGGUCCGCGUCUCUGAAAACUUAAGCCGAUCUUCGCAACGUCUCCGCGAGUCUUGUCGAGAAUCACGCACAUACGUAGUUAGAAGCGUAAGAGAAUCGUCGGAUCGUUCUCGCGUAAAUAAUUCGUGGAUCGAAUUAUCGAGACGAAUCGUCGAGCGAACGAGUUAUUUUUUUACCAUUUCUUUCGCAGCGAUUAAAUCGAAUCACACGUUUCGUGGCAUCGUACGCUUCGAAAUCGUAGGAAUCACACGCGCAUCGGUUGUUACCGAUCGCUCGUCGAUAACGUGAGAAAAGCGAGCCGAUCGGAAUAAAAAUCGCGGCAACGACUCGUCGAUGAAAUGAAAGCGUCAGGCGACUUCGAUCGCGCCGAUUUCGUUUCGCUCUAACGAACCAGCCCUCCGCCGGUGCUUCCUUUUGUUCUACCGUUCGAGGCCGUUCCAUUCGUUUGUUCCGUUUCGCGGAUUCCCGUUCGACCGUCGCGAGUCUUCGAACACGCACGAAACGUAUUUGGUUAGCGCCGAUUCCGAUACGUCGAGUCGUUUGGCCCGGAAAACAUAACGCGAAAUGGCAUCGUUCGAUCCGAUUUAGACCCAUUCGAGCCAUAAUUCAAUUACGAUUAACGAACGAAUUCGAUGGUCUGAGCGGUGCGCGCGGUCAACCGUAUUUCCAGUCGGCUGGCCGGCUCGUCAAAAUCAUCCGCGUCUACCGUGCACUUUCUGUCCUCUCGUCGGACCAAACCAUCUGUUCUUUACUCUCCGCUUCUGUUUUUUCUACGUUUUUUCCACGCCGACCGAUCGACAUACUUUUACGGACACGACCAAAGAAACAAACGCAAGUGAAAUAGAAAUUCGUUUUACCUCGUACGAAUUAUAACGGGUACCCAUACGUUGAAUAUUUCGUGUAUUUUUAUAUAUCCUACGCAUUCUGUCCGUUUCUCCAUCUUUAACUUUCUAAAACACUAAGAUCACCGAUCUACGGACUCGUUGGUAAAACCGAAGCGGCUGUUCGCAUCGUUUUAAACGGAACACGGGAUCAUGGAAAUUGUAGGAUUAGAGGGAGACGUUGCACCACGUUGCUGGCGAUCGUAAACGUUUUACGAGUACUUUGCUCGAGAUUGAAUUAUUUGUAAAAACAAGCUACAAGUGUAA